ACUGUUUCCGCCCAACAAGCAGAAUAUGAAAUAUGAAGACUUCGUAAAGGACAGCAAAAUGUUUCCUCCUGUUAUAACCAGCUGCUUUUUAAUCACCACCAUCCUUCAAACCGGUUUAGCAGUUUUGAUCCAAACCCAGCAGACGGUGUUGGCAGCAGUAGGAGAAGAUGCUCCUCUCAGCUGUCGGCUCCUGGAAACUAAAGACGUCCAGCAGGUCACCUGGCAGAAAGUGUUGGAGAAAACAGAGAGGAAUAUUGGUUCCUACAGCCAGUAUUUUGGUGAAACAGUGAAUCCUGGAUUUAAAGAUAAAGUUCAGUUUACAGAAGCUGGACUGCAGAAGAACUCUAUAGUUAUCAGGAACGUUACAGAGCAGGAUGCAGGAUGUUAUCUCUGUCUGUUCAACACCUACCUUGAUGGAGCUCUGAUAGCUGCAACCUGCCUGGAGGUUUAUGAGCUGCAUGGACCCUUCAUUAACGUCAGCAGGUCAAACUCUCCUCCAGGGUCGGAUGUGACCUGUUCAGCCACAGGUCGACCUGUUCCCAUGGUAACACUGACUGUUCUCCAUCAGAACCUCGGCUUCUCCCACUACAACACCAGCAGAGUGAGCAACACCAACGGUACCGUCACCUUCACCACUAAAGUUCUGCUCUCAGCUCUCAGCAGCACACAGGUUGGAUGUUCAGUGUCAGUGGACUCUGCUGCUCCCAGAGAGCUGCUGGUCACCGUUCCUGGACUCACUGAGACGUCUGAUGAUGAGCUACAGAAACAAUCUAGUUUACGUGUUGAUGAGAGUCUGGAGUUUAAAGACCCGAAAAUCCCCGCGAUCCUUGUAGUUGCUGGUAUAGCUUUGACUUGUUGUUGUGCUGUAAUCAUCGCCCUCAGGAGACAAUACAGGUAA